AUGGAGCUGAAAGAUGAGCAUAAAAGACUAAUGAUGCUCAUCCUCCAGCAAAUACUGGAGCAGCAAAGAGAGGUGCGGCAGGAGCUGCAAAGAAUCCAACGAAUGCAGCCGCAAGAAGGGCCACCGCAGCAACGCCCGCCACCGCAACAACAGCAACAGCCAUCACUGCAGAAGCAGUUGCGAGAGUUGCGCAGCAGCCACAGCAAGAGCCGCAGCAGCAGCCGCAAUAAGAGCCGCAGCAAGAGCCGCAACAAGAAAUAUAUAGAAAUCCACAAUACAGAAGAGGAGCUGGGCGCUCAAGAGCGCGUUGAUAUGCGCAAUGCGCUCGAAGCCGCGGAGACCUCGAUAGCUGCGGCCGCGGAAACCACAAAUUUAUGUUUUACAAUUAGCAAACGCGUAUGGCCGCUGUCAUUGCUUGCGCUUCGGCAGACAACGAAAGAUUUGCAAUUAAACAGAGAUUAUCGAGAUGACGAAAGUAUUUUACGAUGCGACAGAGCAAAAGAAUUCGAAUGCAAUUCGAAGAAUUUUAUCGUGGAAAAUAAGAAUGACAUACACGUCGCUUUGAAGAAACAUAAUAAUCUCUUUCUAAAACAUGUAAUAAAAAAACGACAUGAGAUACAACAGAUAGCACAGAUAUGUGCAGAUUGCGCACAAAAAUCCAAUGCAAGAUGUAUUGUGGAUAUUGGAGCAGGAAUGGGUCACUUAGCUCGGUCAUUAGCAUUCAAACAUAACUUAUGUGUAAUAUGCAUUGAACAAGAUGCAGAAUUGUCACAGCAAGCCAGAAAAUGGGAUCAAGAAUUAUUAAUCUCCUUAUCUAAACAUUUGCCUAACUUGUCAGUGAAUUUUCCACAACAUGUGUCAAUCAAACUGGAAAGUACUAAUUCUGAUCAAUCUGAGACAAUUAAAGAUACAAAAAUAUUUUCCAAGGAUUUUAAUCUAAAUGAAAAAAAAUCAGAAUUUGGCAUUGUGGGAUUACAUCCGUGUGGAGAUCUUGCAGCUACAUUAUUGAAGCUUUACACAUCUCAACAUGAGACAAGAUUCAUUUGCAUCGUUGGAUGCUGUUAUAUGAAAUUAACAUUGGAAUAUCCAAUGGAUGUAUCAAAUGGGUAUCCACUAAGUAAAUAUCUGUUAUCAUUUUCAAACUACAAGUUGUCGUAUACAGGAUUAGAAGUAGCAUGUCACGCUAUCGAAAGUUACUGUGAUAAACUGAAAACUGGGAAUUACAAAGAUUUAAUAGUGCACGCUUAUAGAGCUGUCUUGGAAACUAUUUUAAUGAAACAAGACAAACAAUUAUGUCACACUCAAGUGAGGAAUGUAAAGGUGACAAAUUCUAUGACAUUUAAACAAUAUUGCAUGGCUGCAACUGCAAAUUUCGAAGUGCAUCAUCAAAUUGAAGAUUUAGAUUUUCAGGAUUCACAAAUAAUGUUUUAUCUAAGUCAAUGGAAGCAUAUUGUAAUAUUCGGCGCAUUACGAACGAUGUUGGCGCCAUUAGUGGAAACUAUUGUAUUAUUGGACAGAUUUCUAUAUUUAUCAGAAAAUCAAUUAUCUCCCAUAUUGAAACCUAUCUUUGAUGCAAGAUUGUCUCCUAGAAACUUUUUAUUGUACUCAAUGAAAAAUAUCGAACAAUCACUUUAUAUCUGAAUCUUAU